AAUCAGCCAUCGACAAAAGUACUGCUACGCCGCCAAUUCUCCUACCAAACGCUACUUACUACAAUACACAAUCGGUCAAUAUAUAAACUGCUGCUGUUUCGUGUGGAUCCUGAACCGACAAGAAGUCUUCCUAGAGAAAUACAUGGAUGAAAAUGCGAAGUCUGCUCGGAUUAUUGAUGCCCACUUAUUCGAAGACAAAUUCAUUUUCUGGAAUACACUGCCUACUCACUUCAAAAUUGAUGUAUUGCGUAACCUUCCAUACCCUACUUUGAGGAACUUUACGUUUCUGAGCAAAGAAUGCAUGGCUUUAUCUCUAAAAGCAAAGCCUAACGUUUAUGGUGUCUUCCUUCAGCACAUGCCGUACAAGAUUUAUGGUCCCGACUAGUUGAGUCACGAGAAUUGUUGUGCUAGUAUAACCGUAUACUACAUGCCUCCCGGCACUGCUGGCCCUGAUUUGCAUAAAAACUACACUAUCUUUUUCAAUGCUACAAAAGAUGGAGGAUGUAUCGCGCGAAGAGAGAAGAAAGGACGCAGAAUCGUCAGAGUAGGACCAAAAUAUUCAGAGACGUGCUAUGUAGUUUCAAUGCGAAUAUUCUUCAAUAUGAUGAAAUACAUUAACCCAGAGCAGAUAUCUAUCGAAAUAGGUUUAGUAAGGAGUGAAGUGAGAUAUCUAAUGGAAGAUUUCCCAUCAGAAGUAUCACUCAAGUGCGACAGACUCACUGUGACCGCUUAUCCCCUCGCUUUUCUUACUUCACUCAUCGCUCGCGUGACUCCUGGAUGCAAGCUGCGAAUCUACGAUAGCCGACCUGGACCAUUCGUGGAAUCUGGGGCUGCCUGUAUCGCUUCGGAUGUUUUCGACUUUGAGACGAUGAAAAUGGCUCCAUCGAUCGACACAAAUGUUCUGUGUGAAGUCAGCGAUAAACAAUUUGUUUGUCUUCGCGCACAUACCGUAUUUAUGAUAGCUCCUCGACUAACGUCCAAGGGAAUAAAUGGCAUAAUUGCGCAAUGGACUGAUGGCAAGAGAAAAAUUGCUCGAAUUCAUUUGACAGCUAUGGAGGGUUUGGACAAAAAAAUGGUUUUCGAAAAUGUGGAUAGCGCUAAUAUUCUAUCUGAGUCGGAAAUUCAAACUAGCCCAUCCCUAAAAGAGUACGCGGAGAGCUGUUUUGAAGCUGGAAUUGCUGGAGUUGUCGGAAUUCGCAAUAAAUCCCGCGUGGUCUUGUUGAACAUUAGCCCAGAAGUCUGCGAACUAGUGGAUCCACACUCUAAUGAAGAUUAG